AUGUCCACCAUCCUGAAAGGGAAGAAGCCCAAGACGGACGCAUCUAUCGUCUCCACGGAACCACGGAAGCAGCUGACUGCACACCCAACACCGAAGCAAGACCGGCGAGCCAUACUCGAGGAGCUCAAAAACGCCAUCUGGGAGAUAAAGUGGGAAACGAAAGAGGCAGAUCUGGAGGUUGUCAGGAUCCAGGAGAGACUCAAUAAGAUUGGAGAGAUGACUGCUAAAGUAGAGAGGGACAAGAAAGAAACGAAGCCGGAGUUAGGGAAGACACAGGACAAAUUCUAUAAGAUCGCUGAAAUAGGAGCCAAGGUGGAGCACGAAAAGAGAGAGGUGAAGUUCGAGGUUGCCAGAAUUCAACACAGAUUCAGUAGGAUUGGAGAGAUGGCGACCAAAGCGGAACGGGAGAUCAUGCGAAUAGUGGAGCAAGAUCAAGUGGACGCUUGA